ACAGCCAAACCCUUCCGUUCGUUCCACUCCUCACUCCACAUCUUCAACCUCGCACCACUAUUUUCCCCUUCACUUCAUUGCCAUUAGAUGGUCAGAACUCAGAAGAAAUCCAAAUUCACAGUUUGUUUCAUGUUGGAGUAAAAGAAACAGGAUCCCCGAAUGAAACCAUCACAGAGGAGGUGGGAUCAGAUGAUAUUAAGGAUACCCAGAUCUAAAUACCCACACAUGUAGCGGAGAAGCUAGCCCAAAGAGAUCCGAGAGGACAACAUACCUACUCGCCGCCGUGAUGUCUAGUUUCGGCAUCACUUCCUUGGCCAUUAUGUCUGUUUACUAUAGUUUUUCUAGGCAAAUGGAGGUAUAUUCCUUUUCUUCCCCUCCCCUGUUUUUCUUAUAAUAUAUAUCGGUUGGAUUCUCUUUGGUUUAAAAAGGGUUGAGAGAAAGAAAGAAAGAAAAUGGAGAUGAAAGAGGCAAAGAAAGAGUUGACACUUGAAAGCACUCAAACUCUCCAAACAGACAGGUUAAAGAAUCCCAACUAACAUUAGUAUUUGCAGAGAAAAGCAAACGCACAAAAAGAAUGCGUAAGCAAUGUCUGUUCAUCAAGACUAUUGCUAUUAGUUUUGUAGAGAUAAUCUGUAACGGUAUUCCUCUGACAACUGCUGCUGUCGCAAAUUUUACCCUGCGGGAAUUGGCUUCUGCUUUGAGGAAAUUAGGUAAUGCUUUGUUUUGUGGUUCAAUUGUUUUUAUCAUUUUCAAAAAUUUUUAAUUGAGGAUCUACUUUUCAAGAGGUUUUGUGUAAAGAUAAGUUAAAGGUUCUUUCUUUCUUUCUGAGGUUUAUAGAAAGAUUUAAUUUGGGUUUAAUCUUUCACAUUUAGUUUACGAUUAGCAUUAGAAUUUGAGGAAUCCUUGCCAAAGUCAUAUUGAGCAAAUUGAAAUCCCAUCUAAAAGUUUGGGAUUAAGAUUCUUUGUUGAUGUUAUGUUGAGCAAGAGCAACUGCUUUCUAACAAAUACCUGUAUUCAUGUGUUCUGGGUUUUGAUCAUUUUUCUUUUGUAUCAGUUUUAUGAAUAUGUGACGAACGAGAUCAUCUUGAUUUGUAUAUUUCUUUUUACAAAUACAAUAAAAUCCGUAAAGAUAGCAUUUGGAAGAUUGUACCAACUAAAGUUCAUGAAGUGAU